AUGGAGCCGUUUGGCGGCAUCUCCCCUGGCGGGAGCAUUGCUCUAGGAAUCAUCGUCGGCCUCAUGUCGACUAGUGUGCAGAGCCUGGGGCUGACGCUGCAGCGCAAGUCGCACAUCCUCGAGGACGAAAAGGGCCCCCACGACGUCCGCCGCCCGCCAUACCGCCGCCGCCGCUGGCAGGUCGGCAUGGGCAUGUUCGUCGCCGCCAACAUCCUUGGCAGCUCGGUGCAGAUCUCGACCCUCCCGCUGCCGGUUCUCUCGACGCUGCAGGCCGCGGGCCUCGUCUUCAACUCCAUAUGCGCCACCCUCAUCCUCAGCGAACCCUUUACGCGCUGGUCGCUCGCCGGCACCUCGCUCGUCACCACCGGCGCCGUCCUCAUCGCCGUAUUUGGCGCCAUCCCAUCGCCCGCCCAUAACCUGGACGAGCUGCUGGUCCUCAUGGCGCGCAAGCCCUUCAUCGUGUGGAUGGCCCUCCAGGGGCUGUUGGUGGUGGCCCUCGCCGUCGCCACCGAUGUGACGAGUAGGAUAUCCAGCAUCUCGCACAGCUCUCGAUUUCGACUCAUCCAAGGCAUCUCGUAUGGUGUUAUCAGCGGCGAUCUGUCGGCGCACGCGCUGCUUUUCGCCAAGUCGGCCGUCGAACUAGUCAUCAAGACGGUCGCCGGCAAGAACCAGUUUAUUUACUGGCAGGCCUGGGCCAUUGUCAUGGCUCUCGUAUCGCUAGCUCUUUGUCAGCUCUAUUAUCUGCAUAGGGGUCUCAAGCUCGUUUCGACAUCGGUCCUAUAUCCCCUGGUAUUUUGCGUUUACAACAUUAUUGCCAUCCUGGAUGGCCUAAUAUACUUUGACCAAACAAGCUUUAUUUCACCGCUGCGGGCCUGCAUCAUUAGCCUGGGCACGGUGAUUUUGCUAAGCGGUGUUCUUGCCCUUUCGUGGCGUCUCAGCGAUGAGCAGCAUGCGCCUGGCGUUGGCCAGUCCACGCUGGCACCCGGCCUCGGCAUGGUGGAGGACACGGAAGGCGAAGAGGAGUCUCUCCUCAGCGGGGAGGCGGCUGUCGAAUCCGACGAAUCGUUCCCAUCCUAUCACACGUUUGGACCCGGCGAAUCGACGGCCAUGACGCCGACCAAAAAGACGUUUCGGUGGGCAGAGGACGCUGAAAUCUGGGGCGAACUGGAAGACCAAGAGCAUCCCAACUCGCCGGCGAAUCGUUUGCGGGCGAACACGAUGCCGGGCCUCAGCGAGUCCACAAGUCUCCUGCCUGGCGUCCGCAGAGCCGUGAGCGGCUCAUCGACCAUCCCGGAAGAGGGCAGCACGCACUCAGAUACCUUCGCACGACGGGUACCACGGCGGCGACGCAAGAGCACGGGCUUCCCCGGGCUCGUCGCGCGUCGUCAUCUCAAGAAGCGGGACUCAUUCAUGGGCGACUCGGUCAGCAACUUGCUUUCCUUUUCAUGGUGGAAAAACAGCGACAGGCGGGACUCGACGCACAGCUCGCCUCUUGGUGGAUCAUCUACGCAGCGGCCGACCAUCAACACGCCGACGGGACGAAACGACUCGCCGGUGUAA